AUGCUGGAUAACGAGCCGGGAAAUGCAACUUCAAACGACGGGCGUCCCAAAACCUCGUCGGACAAUUCAUUGACCCCAUGCCCGAACCUGAUCAUCAAGGAGUACUGCCUCAAGCAUGCAGCUAUAUUCAGGGAACUCACGGAUCUUCGGCGCAGAGGAUGGGAGAAUUCCCAAGGAGACGACCACUUUAGAGUACAGCGCUACCGAGCAGAUAACGCGGAUGAGUCCGGCAAACGCAUAUUCUACAAAAUGAUGUGCCAGAUCGGUGACGAACUCGACGAGAUGACUUCAGUCCUGCCAUCAACUUCAUCACUUAGCAGAAAUCCUGCCAUUCUCGAUCUCUGCAUGGCACCUGGUGGCUUCACAGCCUCUGUUCUCAAGAGAAACCGCGAUGCUAGGGUAUGUGGGAUCAGUCUCCCCGUCUCUCAGGGCGGUCAUAAGAUGAUACUUCACAAUUGGCGAGAAGAUCCGAGAGUCCAAGUCCGCUUCCUUGAUAUCACAAUGCUGGCGGCUGAAAUGGACGUUACCGACAUUCCAGUGGAGCACCCAGAUACUAAAAGCUUCGUGUUCGACCGUCCCUUUUACGGCGAAGCCUUUGAUCUGGUCUUCUGCGAUGGCCAAGUCCUGCGGACUCAUCCCAGAGCGGAAUAUCGCGAGAGACGUGAGGCAUGGCGGCUAAUGACGAGUCAACUUGUGUUCGCGCUUCAGCGUGUGAAAGAGAACGGCAAAAUUGUGGUUCUGCUACACAAACUUGAGGCCUGGGAUACGGUAUACCUCCUGUACACUUUAAGAAAAUUCUCGUCGCUCCGAUUGUUCAAGCCGCGCAGGAAACAUGCUAUAAGGUCUUCGUUCUACGUUGUUGCUGAGCAGAUCAAACCGGAUAGCCCAUGGCUUCAAGCGUCUGUGGCUGCUUGGAAGAAGGAGUGGUACAUCGCAACGUUCGGAAGUGACACAGAGUACAGGAACAACCGGUCCAAGUUUCAAGCUACUGUAGAUGAUGUUUUGUCGGAUUUUGGCACUGAGCUGCUAGAGCUGGGGCAGUGUAUCUGGGAAGUACAGAGUGCUGCACUAAUUACGCAGGUCUUCAUUCAUGAUGUAAAAGCCCUACAUUGA